CACGCGCACAGACGCAGAGACGCGCGAGCGCAGGCGUACAGGGGUGUCUGUGCGCCUGCGCCGGGGUUGCUAGGCUCCACACGAUUAAAGCACUGUAUAGUGAAGGAGUAGUGGACGCGGGGAUUCCGGAAGCUCACUCUUCACCCGGAAAUGGUUGUUGAGAAACAUGGCGUUGCUGAUACGAGUCCUUGGGAGGCAGACUAGCACCUCUCAGUGGAUUCCAGUAUGCAGCAGAUUGGUACCAUUGUCUCCUACAAAAGUACCAUGGGGCAGGACUCUGUGUGGCACUUCCCAGUGGCUCCAGAUUAGCCAGUCCCUAAGCUGUGGAAGGUCAGAACAGAUUCCUGGAGUAGACAUGCAGCAGAGAAGAAAAUAUCACAUCACAAAUAAGCUUCCAACCACCAAAGAUUCCCCACAGCCAGUUGAGGAGAAGGUUGGUCCCUUCACGAAGAUAAUAGAAGCCAUGGGAUUCACAGGACCUUUGAAAUACAGUAAAUGGAAGAUUAAGAUUGCAGCCUUGCGCAUGUACACUAACUGUGUGGAGAAAACUGACUUCGAGGAAUUCUUUCUAAGGUGUCAAAUGCCAGAUACAUUCAAUUCAUGGUUUCUUAUAACCCUACUUCACGUCUGGAUGUGUCUAGUCCGAAUGAAGCAGGAAGGCCGGAGUGGGAAAUAUAUGUGUCAAAUCAUAGUUCAUUUUAUGUGGGAAGAUGUUGAGCAGCGUGGCAGAAUCAUGGGGGUUAAUCCCUACAUCCUGAAGAAGAACAUGAUCCUCAUGACAAACAGUUUCUAUGCAGCAAUCUUGGGAUAUGAUGAGGGGAUCCUUUCAGAUGAUCACGGGCUGGCUGCUGCCCUCUGGAGGACCUUCUUCAACCAGAAAUGUGAAGACCCUCGACAGCUUGAGUUGCUGGUAGAAUAUGUGAGGAAACAGAUGCAGUACCUGGACUCCAUGAAUGGCGAGGAUCUGCUUCUGACAGGAGAAGUGAGCUGGCGCCCUCUGGUGGAGAAGAAUCCUCAGAGCAUCUUGAAGCCCAAUACUCCAACUUACAAUGAUGAAGGUCUUUGAAGGACUGACUGGUCCCUCCAGGCUUUGAGGAACUACAGCAAAAGAAGUGCUUGUUUGGCCCAGGACCCCCACAGAAAGUGGCCCAAACUGACCUGUGAACAGCAUCUGUCAAAUACCUGGCCCAUUUGUUGAUUUUCCUCUUAACGUGCCCAGGAGUCUGAUCUGGUGGGGGUAUAAUGCUGGCAAAACCUUUAGCUCUUCUGAGAUGUUGUCUCCCUCAAAAGGAGCCCCCAAAGCUGGUCGUGGGGAUGCACACUGUAUUCCCAGCACUCUGGGAGGCUGAGGCAAGAAGAUUGCAAGUUCCAGCCCAGUCAGUGAGACCCUGUCUCAAAAUAAAAAACAGGAAAAGGGCUGGGGAUAUAGCUUAGUGCAAAAGCCCAUGCCCUUUGCACUAAGCCAUGGUUCAUCCCCCAGUCCUACAAAAACAGUAACAACAAAAACAACAAAGGAGCCCCAAGUAAAAGCUCCCUAACACAUGCUCCCUAAAUCCCUGUAGCAGCCUUUCCUACAGGAAAGGAUGGAGGGGUAGAAAGGGGACACACCCUCCCCCAAGGGCCUGCUGUGGUCUAGGAGCUGUUUGUAAUGCUGCCAAGUCAAGAUGGGUAGCCUCACUCUGUCCCCUGGCUUUGAGCCGUGGGGUUGAAUUGGCCAUUAAAAGAAGCAGAUUUCUGUCUA